AUAGCAACAAAAACACAUUUCAAAGAAAGAUAGAAAGGGGGGAAAAAAAUGGCGGGUAACAUAACCUUCUUGGUAUUGGCAAUGCUAAACCUGGCAUUGUUAUUCACUUCCACCCAAGGCGGGCAAAUUGCCAUCUAUUGGGGUCAAAACCAAAACGGGAAUGAACCAUCCUUAGCCGCCACCUGCGCCACGGGAGACUACAACAUCGUAAUUCUUUCUUCCUUAACAACAUUCUUUUUCCCUGGCCUAACACCGGAACUGAACUUGCCCGGCCAUUGUGACUGGCCUAAUGGCAAUUGCACCGCUUUGGGGAAUGAUAUAUCAGUUUGCCAAGGUCAAGGCGUUAAAGUUUUUCUUUCUCUCGGCGGCCCAAGUGGACGCUAUCAACUUUCUUCUCCGGAGGAUGCAACCUCCUUUGCAGAAUACCUUUGGAAGAACUACUUAAAUGGCCAGUCGGAUACCCCUCGUCCUUUAGGAAAUGCUGUUUUAGAUGGCAUAGACUUUGACAUCGAAGUUGGAACAAGUAGCCUCUACUGGGACGCUCUGGCGACAAAUCUCAAGGCGUUCGACAAAAACGUGAUCUUAUCGGCGUCGACACACUGUUAUUUCCCGGAUUACUUGUUGGGCACAGCUAUCGGAACCGGUCUUUUCGACUAUGUUUGGGUACGUUUCUACAACCAGCAGGAUGCGGGGUGCGAGUAUUUGGGCGGCAGCAUUGAUGGACUUAUUAGUAGCUGGAAUCAGUGGAAUUUGUCUCUGGCUAAUCAGAUCUUUUUAGGGUUGGGAGCAUCACCGGACAUCGACGGUUAUAUGCGGCCGUACGUUCUCAUUUCUCAAGUUCUUCCGAAGGUUAAGUAUUCUUCAAAGUAUGGAGGGGUCAUGCUCUGGAACAAAGACUUUGACAAUGGUUAUUCCACAAUUAUCAAGAAUUAUGUCUGAAUGAUCAACGUGAUUCCUGAUUUUGUGUGUGUGCC